AUGCAACAACGUGCAGUCUAUAUACUUUGCAUUCUCUCAGUGCUUAUUCUUUUUAGUUUAGCACUUCUCACAAUAACUUCAAACGAGUCUUAUCAUAUUAAAAUUUUAGAGAAUACGAAUAGUGUAAGGGAAUAUGCAGAAGUGAAAAAUUUAGAAUUCGAUAUAGUAUAUAAUGAAUAUGUUAAGAAACAUAAUCAAGCAGUUGCAGAGUUAUCUAAGCCAUCUGCUAAUUUAUCAGAACUUCCAAAAAUCGUUGUUGUUCGACCGGACAUGAGUACAGGACUCGGAAACCGUUUGCCUGGAAUAGCUUGUGGUUUUUUAUAUUCAUUAAUUACUGAUAGACUAUUUUUUAUUAGUGGAUAUAGAAAUUUCGAAGAUUAUUACGAGAAAGAUUUCGAUCAUAAUUGGAAUAUUUUAGUAAAAUUAUAUGCACGUAAAAAUACUACUUCUAGAAAUAUACAUGAUUAUAGCUCUUAUAAUGAUUUUCCACUGGUAGUGAGAGGAAAUUUUAGUAAUGAGGAAAUGGCUUCUUACGAUAUUUUAUAUUUUCAGACGUGGGAUUACGCGUGUGCUCCAAUAACGUCAAAUCCUCAUUAUAAGAAAUGGUUCGAUAAAAUAAUACCUAAUUAUAGAGUUUUUACAGCAAUCAGCCUAAAAUUAUUUAGAUUACAACCAAAUAUUAACAAACAAGUAAAGACUUUUGUAGAUAAUAAUUUUAACGAUUAUGUCAUAGGAAUUCACUUAAGAGAGAAGAAGUCACAACCACAUGAUAUGGUUAUACCUGUAGAACAUUACACCGAAGCAGUGAAAGCGUUGAUAAUAGGAAUGUCAAGCAUUAAUAUAACUAUCUUUGUGGCUGCAGAUAAUAAUAAUGGUCGCAAAAAAAUAGUAGAUUCAUUUCAUGAAGCAUUUAAUUCUCAUAGUAAUAAUUCUAUUAAGAUAGUUCAUACCGAAGAUGACAUGGAUUCACAAAAUCCAAUUAGUAAAAACCCUGGCUCAGAAGUAGGCGCUCUUAUCGAUAUGAAAUUACUUAGUUUAUGUGAUGACAUGGUAAUUACAUAUGCUUCUACAUUUGGCUUUACUGCAGCAGGAUGGUCGCAAAAAGCGUCGCGUCGAAGAGGUCCAUUUGUCAUAAUGCCAAUAAAAAAAAAUUUGAAUGAUGAUUUACGGGUUGUAGAUAAAGUUUGGGUGUGGGGUGCUAUGUCAACUGAGCCAUGUAUGUACAUGAGCAAGAAGCUGAUUAAUAAUGAAGAUGAAGAAACUGUUAGAGUUUUCAAAACUAAUCCAUUAUGGAUGCAUUAUAGUCAAUGCCAUUGGUAA